CAGACCACUGCAUGUGCGGAACUUUAACGAUCUCGAGAAACCGUCCCCUCAUUUAAGGUUUGCACACGUCGGCGAAUUUCAGUGCAUGACGUCUGCUGUUCAAGACUGGCUUGUUAUUCUCCUUUUGGAAGGGAUGAAUUCAUGCAUUGUCGUGAUAAAUGAGAAGUAUGGUAGGCUAGCUAAUGCUCUAAUCCUCAAAGUAUGGAGUGACCAAUAUGAAAAAUAAAGAGAGAGAAUCUGUACAACUUGUUCUGAUUUUCAUGUGAAUGACCCUGAGCCGAAACGUUCUAAGUAACCUUGGACAUUAUGAGGUCUACAGGCAACCAUGUUGCUGUCGGGAUUUUUCUGUUUGUCAUUACACAAAGAGUAUAUUGCAAGUCAACCCUGGGUGUUCUGAAUUCUCUUCAAGCUGCAAAAAGCAAAGGACUCUUCAUCACUGAAUUCUGCUUCACUGAUACUACUGGGGGACUGAAUUACACCUUGAAUGCCACGACACCUGGAGGAAAGCUUUAUUUCUACUCCAAACAGAGCUGGGCUGAUGCAGAAAUCAGCACUGAUUGUACACACAAGUUCAUGAAGGCUGAAUAUAGUAUAAAUCUGGUUCAGAAAGGGGGAAACCACACCACACUGCUGCUGAAACACACAGGUCCUUGGCGAGUGAUAUAUGGAGACUCCUUUACAUGCAGCCCUGUCCUACCACAAGAGAAUCCAGUCUAUAUCAGCUUUCAUAUUCGUCUCUAUAACUUGGACUCAUUCGGCAAGCCAUUCAGCCAUUUUGAAUGCCAGGAUAAAGGUCUUCUGACAUACUAUGAGCUGUUAACAUUUGUUUAUUUUGUCCUUGGUUGUAUCUGUGCUCCUAAAGUUUACGAAACGCUCAAGAAAGGAGGACCUAUGCAUGAGGUGAUGAGUAUGCUGACAUCUGUCCUGUGCUUCCAGGCUCUAGGAGCAUUCUCCAUGUUCCUACACCUGUACAGGUACUCACAGGAUGGCCUAGGGUCUUCUCUCAUGGAAAAUCUUGCAGAACUGGUGGACAUCGUAGCCCAGUUCAUGAUGUUGUAUAUGAUGGUCAGUCUGUCCUUGGGCUGGACGUUGACUUCGACGAAGACACAGCUCAACGCUCACGUAUGGAAGACAUCUCCUUUGGCCAAAAUAGCCGCUGUUAUUACUGCUCUACAGUGUUUUUCCGUCUUACUGGAGCAGUUGCUCUUCACGCAACACUCAGCCUACCACAGCCAUCAGAGUUUCCUAGGCAUGGUGACCAUCAUGGGAAGGGUCUCUCUGGCCAUCAUCUUUGCUCACAAUCUUCAUAAGGUAGUCUCAAAGGAAAAGAGCAUAGUCAGGAGGGAAUUCUACAGUAAUUUUGCCAAGAUGUCUUUUAUAUGGUUCUUCGCAUAUCCAGUUUUAGUAUUUGUUUCAUUGCUCUUCUCUCAUUACAUCAGAAAAAGGUUUUUAAUAAUGACAGUGACGUCUGUGCAAGCAACCAUCGUAGUGCUCCUUUAUCGUCUAUUCCUCUCUCGAAGCCUCUACUGGGAAAUCUCAUCAUUAUCUUCAUCUUCAUCAUUACCCCUAAGACUAGAAAAAACAUUCAGUUUAAAGAAUUACUCAUCAUGACAUAAAAACAAAACUUCUAGUAGAUUAGAAUCUGAUAGAUAAUAGGAAAAUUCUCCAUUAAACUUUAUAUAUACUCUUGUCUUGUAUGUCUUAUUAUACAUGUAUAUCCAUUUAUUUUAAUGUGCAUAUUUAUUUUUGCAUUCAAAAGUGGGAUGGUUUAAGUGAUUGCUUAUAUUCUAUUUUACUUUCAUUCCUGCAUAUCAUUAAAAAAAAUUUGUUAAAUUAUCAAUUGUCUACCUUGAAAAAAAACGCACAUUUCAGGAUGUAUGGUCUAAAUUCUCCCUGUUUGGUUUAUUCUUAUAUUAAGAUGUACAGUGCGUCCCAAAAAGAAGAAAACCUGUUUUCAGAGAUGAACUUAAUUUCACAAUUAUAAAAUGUUUUUACUAUAAAUAUGAUACUUAUGGAAGAGUAGAAUCUCGUCUUUAAUUUGAAACCAAAAGCUUAACAAAUUAUUCAUGCAUGGCACAUUACAAACAAUAGAUAAUGAGGCAUGUCAUAAAUGAUUUGCACAGAAACUCACAUAUGAAUCUGAAUCCACUCUUAUUUUAGGGAUCAGUGAGAGAAUCUUAACAAAGAACACAAAAGAAAUGCUAAUGAGUCAAUCAUCAAAUGAGCAUGGUCGUGGAUUACAAACCAAUCUUGUCCACUUUUUCUCUGCAACCUAAUUUUGACAUUAAAAUUUCAAACUUGUCUGACUCAUUAAUGCUUGAAGUGUCCCUCUCAUAUUAGGUAUCAAAAUAUAGAGGAAUAAUUGAAUUCUAUGAUGAUAUAAAUGAAAUAUCAUACUUCAUUAGCCUUUGAGGAAAAUUGGCAUGGAAAUCCCAGUUUCCUUUUUUCUGGGAUGCACUGUUUAAUUCCUUUAAUUUUGGUUCUUUUUCCUUGAUUAUGUACAGGUGUAUGAUUACUUUUAUUUUGGGUUCUUUUUGUAUUAUUAUCUGUAAAUCUUAGUAUUUAUGUGAUUUUACAUUUUUAUAGUUGAAUGUGUGCUAGGUAUUUAUGUUUUGUGUAGUAUAUAUUUUCUUUAUUUCCUCAUCAAGAAUUGUGAGAUGCAGAAGGCUUUUCGGACUAAGAAAAAUUCAGAUUGUGUCUUUUUUUCACAUUGGGAAUUGAGUUGAGGACUUUGGUUUGUAAAUCAGUAUUAUGUGUAGUGUCUACAUACAUUUCAUUAGUAUUAGAUUUCCGACAUUGCUGUCUUGUAUUUAUUUCUUUUAAUCUGUUUCUUUUACUUUGUCCUUACUUUGUCCUGAUAAUUCACAUUGUGUAAUUAAUGAUUGUAUGUGGACUCUAUGAGUUCAUAAAUAUGAUGCCAUGAUGUUAUUCUUCAAUAACUUGUUCAACAAAUAAUUGUUUCCUCUUUAUCACUAUUAUGCAAUAACAAGCCAAUGAUGCAUAUAAAUAGCUCUGUUUCAUAAUGAUUUACAAUUGAUUAGAAUCAAUCUCAAAUUUGGAGUUGUAAUAUGACUCAAAACAAGAUUUUAAUCUUGAAGUAUUUAUGACAAGGCAUCCCAAUGUUAAAGAAUGAAUAUUGUCAAAGUACUAAUGUAAGUGCCGUAUUUGCCAUGUUUUGUCAGCACAACUCUUAUAAAUAUUUUCUUAUUGUUUAUGAUUAUGUUCAUGUUUUUAUUCAUCAAAUGGCAUGAGGCGUAUUUCCAAGUUUUCUCUAUCUCGUGAUUGUGAUUCUGCUUCACUAUUUGCAUCUGUGCCUAUUUUUAAAAAUGUAUUGCCUCUGAUUGAGGAAUUCUAUCUUGCUAUGUGGACAAGAAAGAGAAAACUGUAUUUUGAAACUGUGUUGACUGCUGAUAAUGUUGUGCUCAGGUUUUAUGUUUGCUUAGAAAUUACACGUAUGUAAAUUUGCCUUCAUUAACUCUUUGCACGCUAAAUUAAUUUUAGGGGGACAAUAAUGACAUGUUUAUAGGUUAUCUUUAAUUCAAGAUAUCCAUAUUGCAACAUUGAUACUUAUUAUUAUUAUAUAGAUGUUAUCCAAGAACUAUUGCCUUUUAUUAGCUUAUCUAGUUUGAAGGUAGGAGAGAAUACUAAUUAAAUUAUAAUUGAAGAGUUUAAUUGUACGAAUGCAAAAUUGCGACGUCAGCAUGCAAAAGGUUAAUUGGUAAAUAUUGGGUAUUAAAUUAAUAUCAUUAUGCCCUAGGCACAACUGUGACUUAGGCCUGAAUUUUAAAAAUGGGUUUAAAAUUGGAGGAAGCUAUGUAAAUCAUGGGCUAUGCAUAUUUUGUGCAUAAAUGCCUUUUAUUUAACGCAUACAACUAAUAAAGGUUCAAUAAUAAAUAUACUCUUGGCAAAGGGCGCCAAAUUCAUUGUUGCUAUGAUUUAUACCAUGGUAUAUGUGAAUUGAUUUUGAAUACACUGAGAUUGAUUUCAUUACAGAUGAUACAAGUUACAAGUGUGAAAAAAGGACCAUUUGCUAAGAAUGCCAGUUAUGUAUAAAGUUAUGGGGAACUUUCCGAAUCAGGGCAAAAUGCAGUACUUAGAAACAUUUAUAUCAAGCACUGUAUAAAUGUUGCAUAUUAUUAAUAUUAUUAUUGAUUUAUUGUUAUUCUGUUUCACUUAUAAUGUACACAUCACCUUCGAUUAAUCUCAGAUAGAAAUGAACUUAAUUUAUACCUACUAAUUCUAAAUUACUUGAAUAACAUGUGCAUGUAUCUCCGACAGCACAUGAAUACUUAUUACUUACAUGGGAAAGAACUCGUGUGAGGUUUUUUUAUGCUCUUUAAAAUACAAGCCCUUUAUUGGGUCAAGUCCACCCCAAAAUAAAGUUGAUUUUAAUAAAGAAUCAAACAAGCAUUCUGCCCAAAAAAUUCAUCAAAAACAGAUGGGAAAUACGAAAAAAUAAAAUUUAUGUCACUUAGUUUUGAUUAGUUGAUUUAGUUUUGAUUUCACAAAACCGGUAUGCAAAACAUAGUAAUAUGCAAAUAAGGGAACUAUUGAAGUCAUCCUCUCAUAAUAUUUUUGUAUUGUGUAUUUUAUUAUAAUUUGAAAUAAUUCAGUUUUCUCAUUCUUAAUAUGAAACGGAGCUUGUUUGCUCCUUGAAUAGGUGGAAUUGCCAUUGGGUAGCUUUCCACAUCUGCAAAUAUUGAAAUGUUGUAUUAAUUGAAUAAUGAAAUAUGAGGGAAAUAGUGUCUGACAUCCACUGCUGUCUCAUUUGCAUAUCAUCCUUGUCUUGCAUUAACUUUUUUCAUGAAAAGUAUGCAAAGUCAAAUCUGUCUUAUUUUACAUCCAAUUUUGAUGACAUUUUUCAGCAUUAUGAUUGCUUGAAUCCACUAGAUUUAUCCAAAUCAACUUUCUGUUGGGAUGGACCUGGCCUUUUAUGAAAUAAUUUUUAGAACAUGUACAUGUUUACAUUUAGAUUUAUAAAUACUUUCAUUUAACUAUGGAAUUGUAAGUAAAGCAACUAUUUGUAUACAAA